UAACGCUUCUUCUGGGAAUCCUAACCGUUAAAAAUGCUAUCUUAGUCUUAUGUUGAGGACUUUUGUUUUGCCCUCCAACACGCCUUCGCCCAGCUUCACUCUCCUGAGCUCGACCAGAGACACCCAGCUUGAGGAAAAAUGUUGGUCCUUGUAUUAGGUGACCUGCACAUUCCACACCGAUGCAACACCUUACCGGCCAAGUUCAAGAAGCUGCUGGUGCCUGGCAAGAUUCAGCACAUCCUCUGCACUGGUAACCUCUGUACUAAGGAGAGCUAUGACUACCUGAAAACACUGGCUGGAGACGUGCACAUCGUCAGAGGCGACUUCGAUGAGAACCUGAAUUACCCAGAGCAGAAGGUGGUGACUGUGGGACAGUUUAAGAUCGGGCUGAUCCAUGGACACCAGGUGAUACCGUGGGGUGACAUGGCCAGCCUCGCUCUGCUUCAGAGGCAGCUGGAUGUGGACAUCCUCAUCUCCGGCCACACGCACAAGUUUGAAGCUUUUGAGAAUGAGAACAAAUUCUACAUCAACCCUGGUUCAGCCACAGGAGCCUAUAACGCACUGGAGAGCAACAUUAUACCCUCUUUUGUUUUGAUGGACAUCCAAGCAUCCACAGUCGUCACAUACGUUUACCAGCUCAUCGGUGACGACGUGAAAGUUGAGAGAAUUGAAUACAAGAAAUCAUAGAGAUGUUAAAGAAAGUCAGUUGCCUUCUUCCAGGAUGUGUCUCGUCUCAUUCCUCCUUGACCACAGCCCGGAAAUACGCCCAGUGCAGAGUGCAGAUGCUGUACCAUAACGCUCUGCUGUUUUAAUGAAGUGUAUAAUACUGUUUAUAUGUCAUCAGCAUAUGCUUGUGUUCUCUUUAUCAGCAUAUAGUUGUCUAGAAUGCAAUAAUGUCGUAUUAUUUGCAUACCUUUAGUGACUAAAUUCUUGUGCCACCUUUUAUGUUAAUAAUGUUAUGUCAUAUUCAUUUUGCAAGGCCUCUUCUAUCUGCUCCUGGGCCCUAAUUCAAACUGUGUUGUAUAUUUCAUAUAAUAAAAAUCACACGGCACAUUAAA